AGGGUGGGCUCCUGCUGGCUCCUAUCACACAGCGCACGAAGCCUGUCUCACGCCGCCCGACGGCACCGGCCCUGCGGGGGUCUCCGCACACCGGGCGGUUAGCCGCCCACUGGGUGUGUCUUGGAUCGAAGUCACAUAGACUAGAUUUGGGGCCUCCCUGUAAAGUGGGGGCACCAGCAAUAAACGUGUUUGUGAGGGUUAAGUGACCCAAUAAUGAAAAAUCAUUAAGGUCAUAAGAGCUUUAGCUGUGGCCACGUUUAUUUUCUUGCUUUUCUGUUGUGCUGAAAGAUGGAAAAGGCUGGUGCGGGCGCCUCCUCCUCCCCUCCCCCCGCCAUUUCCUUGUAGAGACGGCUGUUGGCUGUUGACGAUUCAGUUUACUGUGGUUGGGGAAUCUCUGUACCUCCUCGCUAGGAUGCCCUCCAGCCCUCCCCGGAGGGAGCCUCCUGCAGGAGUUUUCACUGCCCUUUCCUGCCCUUUCUCCACGGCCAGCCCACCGAGUUCCUCCAGGCCCUGCGCAGGGAUGGAGAGAGCAGCGUUCAGAUCGAGAUGGCCCACGGCACCACCACCCUGGCCUUCAAGUUCCAGCACGGAGUGAUCGUGGCAGUGGAUUCUCGGGCCACGGCUGGGAGUUACAUCGCCACCUUAAAGUUGAACAAGGUGAUUGAGAUCAACCCGUACCUGCUUGGCACCAUGUCCGGCUGUGCGGCGGACUGUCAGUACUGGGAGCGGCUGCUGGCCAAGGAGUGCAGACUGUACUACCUGCGGAAUGGGGAGCGCAUCUCAGUGUCAGCAGCCUCCAAACUGCUCUCCAACAUGAUGUGCCAGUACCGGGGCAUGGGCCUCUCCAUGGGCAGCAUGAUCUGCGGCUGGGACAAGAAGGGUCCUGGGCUCUACUAUGUGGAUGAGAAUGGGACUCGGCUCUCAGGAAGCAUGUUCUCCACUGGCAGUGGGAACUCCUAUGCCUACGGGGUCAUGGACAGUGGCUACCGGCCUGAUCUCAGCCUGGAAGAGGCCUAUGACCUGGGCCGCAGGGCUAUUGUUCACGCCACGCACCGAGACAGCUAUUCUGGAGGCGCUGUCAACAUGUACCACAUGAAGGAAGACGGCUGGGUCAAAGUGGAAAGUACAGACGUCAGCGACCUGAUGCACCAGUACCGGGAGGCCAAGCAGUGACCGAGGCGGCUGGCAGGCCUCCUCUGGGAAAGCCUGGGGCCUGAGGCAGCUUACCCUCCAGGAGAAGGAGGGCCUAACCUGAGCCCAGAGAGAGGGAGCUGGCGGCGGGGUGGGGCAGACUGUCUUUG